AUGGUUCAGCAGGGACAGAUUGACCAUCUCUUGCAGGAGUCCGGGGAGAUCCCGCCUCCGCCCCACGUCGUCGAGCAGGCAACCAUGUCCGACUACGACGGCGUGUACGCCCGGUCCAUCGCAGACCCCGAGGGGUUCUGGGCCGAGGCCGCCGAGGAAUUGCACUGGUUCCGCAAGUGGGAUGACGUCUUCCAGUGGGACUACCCCAACUUCCGCUGGUUCGUGGGCGGGCAGACCAACAUCGCGUACAACGCGCUGGAUCGCCACCUCAACACCGAGCGGCGCAACAAGGCGGCCCUGAUCUGGCUGGGCGAGGACGGCACCGAGCAGGUCUAUACCUACGCCCGCCUGGCGCAGCAGGUCAACCGCUUCGCCAACGGGCUGAAGUCCCUGGGCGUCGGCAAGGGCGACCGCGUCGUCAUCUACAUGCCGCUGACGCCGGAGGGCGCGAUCAGCAUGCUGGCCUGCGCCCGCAUCGGCGCCAUCCACAGCGUCGUCUACGCCGGCUUCAGCGUGGGCUCCUUGCGCGACCGCAUCCAGGACGCCGAUGCCAAGGCGCUGAUCACCGGCGACUACGGCUACCGCCGGGGCAACCGCGUCGACCUCAAGGGCAUCGCCGACGAGGCUGUAGUCGGCUGCGACCGCCUGGAGCACGUCAUCGUGUUCCGCCGCGAGCUGGCCCGCGAGGACCUGCGCGACGGCGAGACCGACUUCGACGAGCUGAUGGCCAACAACUCCAUCGACUGUCCCGCCGAGGUGAUGGACGCCGAGGACCCGCUUUACAUCCUCUACACCAGCGGCACCACCGGGACGCCCAAGGGCGUGGUCCACGUCCACGGCGGGUACAUGGUCGGCACCCACUACCACUUCAAGAACUUCUGGGACGUCAAGGACAAGGACGUCUUCUGGUGCAUGUCCGACAUCGGCUGGGUCGUCGGCCAUAGCUACAUCGUCUACGCGCCGCUGGUCGCCGGCGCCACCACCGUGUUCCGCGAGGGCGCGCCCGACUUCCCCCACAACGCCAUCUUCUACGAGACCGAGACCGGCGGCCCCUGCCUGGGCACCACCGCCACCAUGACCACCCGCCCCGGUCGCGUCGGCAAACCCCUGCCCGGCGCGGUGAUGGACAUCGUGGACCGGGAGGGGGAGCCCAUCGAGGAGCCGGACAAGGGCGGGUUCCUGGUGAUCCGUCGGCCGUUCCCGCACUUCUCUCGCACGGUGUGGGGCAACCCUGAUCGCUUCGCUGACACCUGGAACCAGAUCCCCGGCGUGUACUCCUCGGGCGACGUGGCCCUGCGCGACGCCGACGGCUACUACAUGGUGGUGGGCCGCGCCGACGACGUGCUGAACGUGGCGGGCCAUCGCAUCGGCUCCGCCGAGGUGGAGUCCGCCCUGGUGUCGCAUCCGGAAGUGGCGGAGGCGGCGGUCAUCGGCAAGCCCGACGAGCUGCGCGGCGAGGUCAUCAAGGGCUUCGUCACCCUGCGCAUGGGCAGCGAAGGCUCCGACCGCAUGGUCAAUGACCUCCAACUCCACGUGCGCCGCGAGCUGGGCCCCAUCGCCGUUCCCUCGGAGAUCGAGUUCACGCCCACGCUGCCCAAGACCCGCUCCGGCAAGAUCAUGCGCCGCCUGCUGAAGGCGCAGGAGCUGGGGCUGGAUCCGGGGGACAUAACGACGCUGGAGGAUUAG